ACAAUUACAUGUACAAGUACUUGACUUGAAGUCCAAUGGCAAUGGUUUGAAAUGAAUCAUUAGUUUUUCUUUGAUGGAUGCCGUUUUUGUCUUGCAAAGUAAGUACACGUAACGCUGUAGUUCGCUCCAGUUUUCUGGCUAGUACAGUAGAGGUCAGACAAUGGCUCCUCCACUGACAAAGGAGGAGCUGGAACUGCAAAGCAAGUAUGACCUUAUCAAACGAAAGCGGCAAGAGCUACAGCAGGCAAGGGCUGCCGCAGCCCCGCCAACUGCAGCAGUGUCUGUCAAACGACCAUCAGCUACUGUGCCUGUCGGCGAUAUUGAAACUGCCCGGAGAGUUUUGGAGUCAGAGGCAAAGAAGCCUAGACUUGAGAAGAAAUCGGAUGUGAUGGUGCGGCCGUUAGAAGAUGAUGAGCGAAAGAUGUCUGAAGCCAAGCCAUUUGUGUCCGUCCUUUCUGGUGGUGCAUCCGGUGCUCGCCGCGAUUUCCACCACCGAUUCAUCAGUGCUGGGAGACCACCAGCAUCGUCAUCAUCGUCAUCAUCUUCACCACGGAAACGAAUUGCGUUUGGGCUGGACGAACGCUCUGCCCACAAGAGUGCAUCUGUCCAAGUCACUGGGUGCGAUCUGACCGAAGACUUGCUGGUGAAUCAUUUUGGGGAAUGCGGUGAAAUGGACCUCGUCAAAGUGGAUGCGACGGGAAGGCGUGGUUUUGUUACUUUCCAAAAUACUGAGAACGCUGCGAAGGCCGUUAGCACACUGCACAACAGCAAAAUCGAGAGCAAGACCAUUCACGUCGUUCAAAUAGAUCCGGAGGCUAUCCAGGCCGCUGACUUCUCGCGCGAGGCUCUCAGUUCUCCGUGGGCAAGUUUAGCUGCGGGCGUGGCCGUUCAAAAAAAAGAAGAGCGGCGUGCAAAACGAGAGUACGAUGACUCAUUCUCGUAUGGUGAAACUGGAGAUCUUUAGCAAGUUGGGUGUUCUGUCACAGUGCUGCCUCUGAAAACCCAAUUCUAGUUUUAUUGUUUUAUUUCAAAGUAGUUGACGUGACGUCCAUUCUCUGAUCAAUUAUACUCAUGAAGCACCUCCUACUUUUUAAUACUUUUUCAUGAUCUUUCCGGGACCUUUUGAAAUAGACUGCUACUAUUUGAAAUAGGUUCCGGAAAGAUUGUUUUUGACGAAUGCAUCGAUGUAUUCGUCCGCUCCACUGAUGAAACAAAGCCACCCAUUUGACUUCAUCCGUUCCUCUUUUUGUGUUAUUGUUCAACAUUUUUUUCAGUCCUGGCAGCUUGCCGGUGCACAAUAGCUGCUGGCAAUACCUCCCAGAGUCGACUUUGCGAGUGAGACCAGCUUGACUCCAUGCUCUUUAUAUGACUUCAGUCGGCAUGAUCUCUUUAUAACUUUAGUAGCAAAAUAAAGAAAGGAUUAAUGCUGAUUUUUAUGAUGCUAUUGCUAGUACAAGUAUUAUUUUCUUACUUCAUGGAAUAUUAAACUGGCAUAUUUGUUUGGUACGUGUACCCCGCUGAACUGGCAGUGAGGUGUUCGCUCGCUGUAUCGCUACACGCAUGCCUGCAUUAUUUGGUAUUUGUUCUGGUUUGAUCAAGUUCCAUUUUUGUAAUGUUCUUUGCUGGCUUCUGUUACUUGACAAGCUGCCGAGCCAGAAGCAAAUUUUCAUAAGACGGA